AGGAUUUCGAGGAUUUCAAGGAUUUUUUUUUUUCGAAGAAAGAAAAGUAGAAGAUAGAGAGCUACAUUUUUUCUGUGGACAGAAACAUGGCUGCAGAAUUGGUGGGUGGAGCUUUGUUGUCGUCUCUAUUUCAGAAUAUUUUCGAAAGGAUUACUUCUUCGGAGGUUGUUGACUUCUUCCGGGGAAAGAAACUCAACUGCGGGCUGCUUAAGAAGAUGAAGAUCACGUUGUUGUCGGUAAAUGUUGUGCUUGUUGAUGCCGAGAAGAAGCAAAUAAAAAACGCAGCCGUCAAAGAAUGGCUUGAGGAGCUCAAGGAAGUAGUUUACACCGCGGACCAAUUGAUGGAUGAAAUCAACACCGAGAUUUUGUGGAGUGAGCAGGAAGGCAAGUAUGGAGGUCGCGCAAGUAAACGACCGAAACUGACUGCAACUUUAUUCUCUACAGUUGACAAUACAAUAGACUGCCGGAUGGAGGAUAUUCUUGAUAGUUUAAGAUUCAUCAUAAAGCAAAAGGACGUCCUUGGUCUGAAAGGUGGUAUUCAAAGUAGGCCUUUGCGAAGAUUACCGGCGCCUUUAGUAGAAGAAUCUAUAAUUUAUUGAAGGAAUG